AUGGACUUUGGACCCAUAUUUGGCGACGGACAUAUGAAAGCUCCUCGUCUGCCUGCUACACGAACUGUAUGCGGCGUGAUCAUCGUGAUGCCCCGACUGGAUGAUGGGAGCGGCAAAUUCCGGAUUACAGAGGAACCAAAAACCAUCCAGUGUCUGUUGGAAGACGACAUCUUCACUCAAAUCACUAGAGAAGGGGAUGCUAUGAUCCCAGCCGCCAUCUCCCAGUCCGACAACGCGAAAACAACGUUGCGUGCAAAUGUUGCAAGAGCUUACGCAGUGGACAACGCCUUUUGCGCCAGAGCGGAUCUGAAAGAGCGAAAGAAAAUGAGUGUUUCUGAGAUCCAAGAAUUCUUGGUCGUUCUGCGAGACAUGUUCUCCCGACUCGCAGCGCUUCCAAUCCCGACCAUCGCCUGCGAAUCUGGUCUGGCUCUCGAUGGCGGCUUGUAG